CAAUCACACGCUUGGAAAUGUACUACUUAUAGGACGUCAUUUCCUCCGCGCUCCCUCUUUUUGCACCGUGUGGUCAGAUUUCCAUACGGCGUUGUUUCGUGCUCUCCCACUAACUCGUAACUUAGGGAAAGCGGUCACGAUGUCCGGAGGUCUGGAUGUCCUUCAAAUGAAGGAGGAGGAUGUGCUGAAGUUCCUCGCCGCAGGGACCCAUCUGGGAGGUACCAACUUGGACUUCCAGAUGGAGCAGUACGUCUACAAGAGAAAAAGCGACGGUGUGUACAUAGUUAACCUGAAGAAGACCUGGGAGAAGCUGCUGUUGGCUGCCAGGGCCAUUGUUGCCAUUGAGAACCCAGCUGAUGUGUGCGUCAUCUCCUCCAGGAACACCGGACAGAGAGCUGUGCUGAAGUUCGCCUCUGCCACUGGUGCCACCACCUUCCACGGUCGCUUCACCCCUGGUACCUUCACCAAUCAGAUCCAGGCAGCCUUCAGGGAGCCCCGCCUCCUGAUCGUGACAGAUCCUCGCGCUGACCAUCAGCCACUGACUGAGGCUUCCUACGUCAACAUCCCCACCAUCGCCCUGUGCAACACAGACUCUCCUCUGAGAUACGUGGACAUUGCCAUCCCCUGUAACAACAAGGGUCAUCACUCUGUGGGUCUGAUGUGGUGGAUGCUGGCCAGAGAGGUCCUCAGGAUGAGAGGAACCAUCUCCAGGGAGCACCCAUGGGAGGUCAUGCCUGAUCUGUACUUCUACAGAGACCCUGAGGAGAUUGAGAAGGAGGAGCAGGCCGCGGCUGAGAAGGCUGUCGGAAAGGAGGAGUUCCAGGGUGAAUGGAGCGCUCCUGCUGCUGAGUUUGCUCAGCCUGAGGUGGCUGACUGGUCUGAGGGUGUGGCUGUUCCAUCUGUGCCCAUCCAGCAGUUCCCUGCACCAGCUGCAGCAGCUCCAGCAGUUAAGACAGAGGACUGGAGCACUCAGCCUGCCACAGAGGACUGGUCCACUGCUCCCACCGCCCAGGCUUCUGACUGGGGUGGUGCCACAGCCGACUGGUCAUAAAUCAAGAACUAUGGCCACAUAAAUAAAAGUGUUUUUUACACUUGGA